AUACACAUUUGAGCACACCAGUCGGCCACGUGCCGCCACGGCCAUGUACCUUGAGCGCGCCAUACCCAUAUCCGCCACGCGCGUAGUUUUAUGUACUACGAUCGUCCAAGCAAGAUGUCUUCAGCUCCGGAGGUAAAAUCACUUUCCAACGAAAUUAAAUUGAGAACUAUCGAAAUGCACACCGCUGGUGAGCCUCUUCGAGUCGUAGUAUCGGGCUACCCAGAAUUCGAGGGGAAAACUAUCUUAGAAAAGCGUCGGUUUGCGCGAGAAAAGUUGGACCACCUUCGCAAAAUGUUGAUGUUUGAACCGCGAGGCCACUACGAUAUGUACGGGGCGAUCCUGGUAGAACCUGACGUACCGGGCGCCGAUCUCGCCGUACUGUUUACCCACAAUGAGGGCUACAGCACAAUGUGUGGUCACGGAGUCAUUGCCCUGGGCAGAUAUGCUGUAGAUCAUGGGGUGGUUGUGCCAAAGCAUCCAGAGACCGAGGUAGGCGUGCAGUGUCCUUGUGGUCUGGUCAAGGCAUUCGUGGAGUACGACGAGGAGAGGAAGAAGACCGGUCAAGUGAGAUUCCACAGCGUGCCUGCAUUUGCGUUUGCACUUGAUACUGAAGUGAAUGUGGAGGGAUACGGCAAACUCAAAGUUGACAUCGGUUAUGGCGGUGCCUUCUACGCCUUCAUCUCGGCGCAAGAGUUUGGUCUAGAUGUCAGGAAGAGUGGUGUCCAGGAUAUCGUGAAGGCUGCUACUGCCGUCAGCAAUGCUGUCAAGGCCCAGGUUCCCAUCAAGCAUCCUGACAGCGACGGGAAUGACCUGGACUUCUUGUAUGGUGUCAUUGUGACUGACGGGCAGGAUGCAUGGAGUGACCAGCCUACUGCUAAUAUAUGCGUCUUUGCUGAUGCAGCGGUGGAUCGCAGCCCCUGUGGGUCUGGUGUGACAGCCCGCAUUGCCCUGCAGCAUGCCAGAGGCCUGAUAGCCCUUCAGCAGAGCCGUAGUUUUGAAAGCGGCGUCACCGGUACCCGGUUCACCGGUAAGGCCAUCAACGACAAAUGUGGCUCCGUAGACGCAGUCAUUGUGGAAGUCGCAGGAAGAGCAAACUACACUGGGGAGGCAACCUUUACUGUGGAGGACGACGACCCAGUUGGAUGUGGGUUUUUACUCAGGUAGAUCAAGAACACAAUGGAGGCUAUAAGGCCGCCGGCUUGCAGUUUACAUGCAGCUAUGGAAGUGGCUGAGGCCACUCCCCAUAGCGGUGUGCCAUUAUCAGCCGUGGCCAAGUAAUUCAGACUAGCGGGAUGCCGCGCUUUGCGCGGCACCCGCUAGAUGGGUGGAGUUGACUGUUUCGUAAUAAUUACUGUAUACAAUGAAAUCUCGAUAAUUUAAACUCUAAUAACUCCAAGCAACUGUUAAGUCAAAUAAAGAAUCAGACCCUCUGCUGCACGCGAGCCUAUUUGGACUCGCCAUCAGUCUCGCCUAAGUUGUAUUUGCGUUUAGCAACGUGCGCGCACAUAAUGUUUCCUGCGGAGAUUGUGCGAGGGUCCAGGACAUAUUGUCAAUAUAGGGGAAGGGGCUAGCUAGGGUGAAGGGUGCUAGUCGAAACGCCCAAUUUCCGUAAAACCCGUCAACCAUGUCACCAAUAUUUCCGGGGAUGGGGAGAAAUAUUUCCAGGGACGGGGAGAAAUGGUUUUUGUUAUAGAGGGGAGAUGGUGAUAUUGAAAUCACUGAUAUUGCGGAGGUUUAUGUUUGUGCUGGGAUUCAUACCGUUUAAAUGUUGUUUUAAAUUGCGCGCCGAUUAGGAAGGUCUUGCUGUCAACAGUUGAAUGAAAUUAAGUAUUUAUUGCC